CUCUCUCUGCCUGUAAAUGCCUCUGCUGAUUGGGGCUGCGCCGGUGUUCAUAUAAAAAAGAAGGAAGCUGCGGUAGUGUGCACACUACUACUAGUGUCAGAGCCAAUUAAGGCAGAGAGCCAGAGAGUCCUUCUCCCUGCUCGAGCCAAGCAGGUGUUGUAGAAAGAGCAGUGUGUGUUUGGCUCUCUCUGCGUCUCAUCGUAUGUCAGGAGAAAUGAGGAAGGAGAUGGUCAUAAGGGUGCAGACGAGCUCCGAGAAGGGCAACAGCAAAGCUAUCAAGGCGGCCGCUGCGAUCUCAGGGGUGGAGUCCGUGAUGACGAUCGCCGGCGAGGACAAGAGCCUGCUGCUGGUGAUCCGCGGCGUCGGCAUCGACUCCGACCGCAUCACCAAGAAGCUGCGCCGCAAGGUGGGCCACGCCGAGGUGGUGGAGCUGCGGACCGUCGACGCCGCCGCCGCCGACCACGCGCCGUACCGCUACUACCACGCGAGCCCGAGCCCGAGCCCGAGCCCGUACCGCUACUACGGCGGCAUGGACCACCGCUACGGCGGCGCCGGCGGAGGGUACCCCGCCGCGCAGUACCAGCAGCAGCACGACUACCAGCUGUACCACCCGGCGGCUGCCACCACGCACACGGUGGUGCACCACGAGUACGCGACCGACCCCAACGGCUGCUCGGUCAUGUGAUGCCGCUGGUGUUGUCUCCUGUGAUCUGGGAGUGGGGGAGGGACGAGAUCACGAGAGUGUGCACGCCACUACCACCGCCUAUAUAGCAGCUACCUGCAGUGCAGUGUGCAUAUCCGUACGUACGUGGGCUCUGCGUCAAUCUGUGAUUCUGUGUCAACAUGUAUAUACUCCAUGGUGUAAAGCUUCCUACAUACUACGUGCCAAGUGCAAGCUUUACUGCUUGACUGGGACGACGUAAUUCAAGGAAGAACGCGGUCAUUUGCUUCCGGUCACUUUGUAACACUAUUUGUCCCGUCCUGUUCACGAAAAAUGCUUUCUCAAAACCAAAAAAAAACAAAAAUUGAUUGUCCAGUGUAACCUCUAGCAUA